UUCGGUCUUGACGUCAAACCGAGGCGGAGGCGAGACCAAUAGCGAGGCGGCUGCCCGCGCGCGGGCCGCGGCGCGCGAGCCAAUGGGAUGGAGGGGGCGGGCGUAGCGGCAGCGGCGUGGCUAUGGCGCGGAGCUGCUCGGCAGAGGGCUGUGCCGCGCGCGACAACGGGCGGAGUCGGCGGCACGGCAUCUCCUUCCAUCAGGGAGUGCGGCCCCACGCGACCCGCCUGCCGCCUCCCGCCCGCUCCCUCUCCCUCAGGUUCCCGGCGGACGCCGCGCAGCGCCUCGAGUGGAUUCGCGCCGUGAACCGCGUGGAUCCGCGGAGCCUCUGGGCGUGGCGGCCCGGCCCCGGCGCCAUCCUCUGCUCGCGGCACUUCGCCGAGGCCGACUUCGAGACCUACGGGCUGUGGCGGAAGCUGCGCCGGGGCGCCGUGCCCUCCCGCUUCCCCCGUCCGGGGCGUGCACGGCCGCCUCCUUUUCUGUCCCCCCGGCCGGGAGACGCGCAAUUGCAUCUCCUAAUUGCAUCCUCCAUUUUUUCCCGUUGGCUGUCUAAUAAUGAGGUUGCUGCAGGCUUCAUCAAUGACAUUUUUCUCCGCCUUAAGGAAAAGGUGGAGAGAGGGGAAGAGACCUACCGCUACUGUGUCCUGAUGGUACAAGAUAUGUCCCUGCAAAAGCAACAGGAGUGGGAUCCGCAGACCCAGCGCCUCACAGGCUUUGUUGACUUGGGAGCAGGUGUUCUUGAUGCUGAUGAAUCUCCGCUGGCCUCAGAAGUCAUAAUCCUCAUGGCAGUUGGCAUCUCAAGUCCCUGGACAGCUCUACUUGGCUAAUUCUUUGUGAACAGCACAACUGGCCAUUUACUUGCUCAGCUGCUUCGUCAGACCAUCAAUAAGCUGAACAACAUUGGUAUCAUGGUGCUGGCUGUGAUAUCGGGUGCCACCGCUCAUGGUGCUGAGACUGCCAGAGCUCUAUCUAUCAAGAUAGAUCCUCAGAGACUAUCUAUCAAGAUAGAUCCUGAAAGGAUUCAGUGCGCUUUCCAGCAUCCACCUGGUGCCACUCACAGCAUCGCAUAUUUCUUUGACAUUUGCCAUGCACUCCAGCUGAUAAGAAAUGCUCUGCAGUACUUCCAGAAGCUAGAGUGGCUCAGUGAUACCAUGCAGUGGCAGCAUCUGAUAGACCUGGCAGCUUUGCAGGAGCAGCGGAUACGAGAGCCGUGCCAUCCAAAGUCAGGUGGACCUGGAAGUGAGGAGAGUUACCAUCUAAAGGUCAACCCUGCUACCCUGUUGUUCAGUGAGGGUGUUGCUAAUGUACUGGAACACCUCCAGAAGCUGGGCCUGGCGUCAUUCCAGGACUGCAGUGGUACUGUCAAGUUUGUGCAUUUGAUGAGCCAUCUGUGUGAUGUAUUUAAUGGCAGAGGUCCCUAUAGAAGGGGACUGAAGGGGCUUUUCCUAGCUGGAAAUUACACCAAAAUAAGCCACCUCUUUAAUGAGGCCCAGAGCUUCUUCAUCACCUUGACUGACUCUAUGGGGAGAAACACUAUUAAGAGCAAACGCAAACUAGGAUUUCUGUGUUUCUUGCUUAAUGCUGAAAGCUUCAAGUGGCUUUACACCAACUACGUAUGUCCAGAAGUCACUCCUUCCCACCAUUCCCUGUCCUGUGCCUUCAGCCUUGAUCCACUGGAGCUGUUUCUCAGGGCUCUCCAGCAAGCCUGUGGCAACAGUAGAAGCCCCACUUGCACUGUGUUCCAGGCUGCUUACCACAAACUGCUGGCCAGCUGCAGCCUGCUGCCAGGCUCACCACACAGUGGUAGCUCAGGCAAUACAAGCUCUCUGGACACGUCCCUGUCUCAUAGGAGAGAUCUGACCCUUGGCAGUGUGCUCAGUAUAACCCAGGUCAUAGGAGGACACUGGCAACAGAGUACCCCUACUGCGCAGGCCUUCUUUUGCAUGACUCUGUGCUGAGUAAUGCCCUGACAGACGUGUUGCUGCAUACACAGAGCAUCACCUGCACCACAGGCUUUGUUGCUGAGCAAUUAGCCUCUAACUUGGAAUGCGAGGCUUGUCUUGCUUCACUCUUUGAGUCAGAUGAGAGCAGGCUAAGAUGCAGGUCAGUGCUUUACAUAAAAAAUUUAGGUGGAGUGAGUCUGCCCUCGGCAGGUGUGUGCUGCAUAACAAGCAUUUUGGAACAAGUCCUAAACUGGUAUGGCAAAGUUGGAGAUGGCAACAAAAACACCAAGCUAUGGCACUUGUCUCUAGAACAGAAAGUCUUCCAUGAACUUCCGGGAGAAAGUCCUCUCUUCUCCACCCUCACGAGCCAUUUAUUUCAUGGGGAGUUGUGCAUGGACAAUCACUACACAAUCUUAGUAAAAUAAAUAAUACAAUGUUACUUAAACAUCACAACAAACCAAGUAAAACACGUGAAUACCCUUGUGGAAGGCACAGACUGAAGAAACUGAAGGAAAAACAUUUGUUUCCAUCGCUAUUGGAUAGCUGUCAGUCAAGCCAAACCCACAUGAGUUCAUGAGUACUUCUUGCUGUUCCAAGAAUGGCUGUCCUCUACUAAGGCUCACCAAUGACCAGAUCUAGGCAACACAUGUGAGUCUUCCCACCUGUCUUCCCAUGAUUUGGCUGGCAAAACUUGUUGAUAGGCAAUACUACUUUGGACCAUCAUUUUUUUUUUUGGCUGGACGUAAGCCUGUUGCCAUUUUCUGUUUACAGCUGAGGGAAGCAUGUCCUGCUCGAUUCAUACCGGGCCUUCUGAAUGGGAAGCUCUUGCACAAAGACAUGUGUCAACUUCUAGCUACUGAGGUGAAGCUGUAACCAUAGCAUGUGUGCUGUGCACAGGGCUUCUCCAUCUGAAUGUCUCAUGGAUUUUGUGCAGCUGCUGCCAAUCAGUGAAUUGAGCUGGAGACCGCUGCACAGUCUGAUGUUGGGCUCUGUGCAUUCUUGUGGCUGAUGUACCCGUGACCACCACAGUUUACACAUCCUUUUUACAAUUUACGGAAGUAUUGAUGACAGAGGUCUUCAAGAGAUGUUGAGGAAGUUUCACAGGGCUUGGUAGAAUGACAUUUGAGCAAAAGCACAUUAUUAGAAAAAGCUGUGGCAGUUAUCUAAUUAACAAAGCUAUCCGAUAUUAUAAGAAAGUUUGACAGUUAAAGGAACUCUGUACCAAUUGCCAUUAUUUUCCAAAAAUACAGACUUGCUGUUGCCCACUGCAGAAACUAUGAGGCUUUUUCAGUAUUCGUAACUCCACAAUUGUGACCAAAUGAUUUCUGUACUACGGCUUUUCUGUUGUAUUCUGCUUUCUCUUCCCAGCAAGAACUUGCUCAGGUGUUCAUCAUCUCUCUCUGCAACACCCUCACUCUUGCUAGCAUCACGCUCUCCAUGAGGUCUAUACAAACCCACUCCUAAGUCACUUGGAGCAUCUUACUACUCCUUUCAGUUCUCUAGUACUGCAGCCUAAGGUGACCAACAGCCUUCUCUUCCAGCAGCUGGUGUUCUAGGCUGGAAAAGCUCAGUUGAGUAGCAUCUUUCAUUUGCUCAACAUCCUAAUGACACUCCUAAGACUCCCUGAACACUGAUUGUAUACUGCCUUUACCAAGCUGCUAAAAAACUGAAUGUAGAAAUCAGAUGCACAAAAAUAAAACCAAGUUUUACUUUUCAGAAACAAAUCACAAGCUCUCCCAACUGACUUGAAUUCCUUAAUGCAACUGAGCUUUGCAAAAGCUGCACAUAAACCUCCUCCUUCAGAAGAGACAUAAAUGCCAUAAGAAAGCUGUGUUUCAUCCUGUUAACAAGGCAUUCUAAGGGUCUUAAAGCUUUGCCUCAAAGUUUUGCCUGGAUUCCUCAACAAGAUGUGUAGCAUUCUGCUGUCUUCAAGGGUGCUGCAAAAUGGCUUUGCACAUCUUUCCACUCAGGCGGAUUCUGACUCUUGCCCAGCCAGUGCGUGUGUGAAAAAUGUAUGCUUUCUCAUUAAAGAGUUUAAAAGAAAUUGAGAAAUUA